AUGCCCGCUCAGUGGCCCUCGACCGACCAAUCCAAGUUCAUCACAGGCAACCUCCUCGCUGAUCCGCUGGUGCAAGAUGCCCUAGCAUAUGUCCAGUCGGUUGUCCCAGCCGAUCUCCUAAGCAUCCCCACCUCAACCUACAUUUCCCUCUCGACUGUCAAGUACAACUCUGAUGUCGCAAAGAACUGCUACUGGCCCGGAACUGCCUGUGUUCGCUCCGCACCCGGCAACGGCUAUCAGGCCGAUGUCUACGCAUGCCCCCAAACAUCUACCUGGGGCAUUUCCUUUGACGACGGACCCACGGUCGAUCUCGUCAACCACCAAGACUCCCUUGCCAUCCGCCAGCAGCUCGACAAGAUGAAGAUCAAGGGAACCUUCUUUGUGGUUGGAUCGAACGUCAUCCAGAACCCUCAGAUUGUCUUGGACGAGUACAAUGACGGCCAGCAGAUCGGCGUCCACACCUGGACCCAUCACCCGCUCACUACCUGCACCAACGAGCAGAUCGUCGCCGAAAUCAAGUAUUCCGAAGCCCUGAUCUACAAUGCUACCGGCCAUGUUCCCAAGUUUUUCCGCCCACCUUACGGUGACGUCGACGAUCGUGUUCGCUCCAUCGUCAAUGCCCUCGGCUACUCGGUCACCAUCUGGUCCAAGGACGACUUUGCUGCUGAUCAGACCACAACCAGCCCGAGCAUCGCUGCUUCGCUCGAAAACACCGUCAUCUCAUCCUGGUUCGCCCCGAACCGACCGGGCUUCAUCUCGCUCAGCCACGACAUCAGCCCCUUCACCAGCGGCGUGAUCCUCAGCAUCCUCCAGUAUGUCCAGCAGAACCGUGCCAACAUCAGCCUGAACAUCGUUCCCAUUGGAACCUGCAUGAACAUGCCCUGGUAUGUCGAUGGCUCAGCCAUCACCACCACCUCCAAAACCGCCGCCGCCACCAACACAACCACUCUCCUGCCGUCCCCGACCACCAUCAACGCCACCACAACCAGCGCCUCCGCCACGGCCUCGCCCACGACUUCCAAUGUUCCCUCUGGCGCCCAUCGAUCCGCUGCACUGACCCUAUUCCCUGCCUUUGCGUUUGCGUGUGCGUGUGCUGCUCUUGCCAUGCUUUAA